ACAUUUUAAUGCAUGAUUAGUUUGUCAGUCAGGUACUAGUGAAGGCUGUGGUCUUUAUUCGUUAUUUCUUUACCAUAACGAGACAACGUGUUAAAAAUGUUGACGGGAUGGAGGCUCGUCGUGUCAAAAUUAUUCAUAAUACCUCAACGAUAUGUGUUAGCAAUAAUGGGAUUGCUAACCAUGGCAAAUGCCUUCACAUUGCGUCAAUGUUUGAAUCUGGCGAUCACACAAAUGGUGAAGAAGAAAGCUACACCGGAAGUGGGAAGUGUUAACUAUGAUCCUGAUGCGUGUCCUGAUUUUAAUGUCGUAAACUCUACCAAUGGGAUAGGAGAUUAUUUAAUAGAUGACGGUUCAGUGAAAUUCGAAUGGAGUGAAGCUACCCAAGGACUAAUUCUUGGUGCGUUCUACAUUGGUUACAUAGCUACUCACAUACCAGGGGGAAUGCUAGCAGAGAAGUUCGGUGGAAAAUGGGUAGUUGCUCUCGGUCUUCUCUCAACUGCUAUCUGUACAUUUAUAACCCCUUAUGCCGUGAAAACAGGAGGUGCAGUUGCUCUUAUAAUUUUGAGAGUACUCGAAGGUAUUGGUGAAGGACCUACAAUGCCUGGUUUGAUGUUGAUGAUAUCCAAAUGGGCUCCAAAGACAGAGAGAUCAGUGAUAGGAGCUAUUGUGUUUGGGGGAUCACAAAUCGGUAACGUCGCUGGAUCUUAUUUCUCUGGUCUUAUUAUGCACCAGAGCAGUUGGGAGAACGUCUUCUACCUAUUCGGAGGUGUUGGGUUAGCCUGGUUUGCUGCAUGGAUUAUACUCUGCUAUAGUUCUCCGAAUACACACCCCUACAUAUCUGAUUGUGAAAAGAAGUACUUAAAUGAAAAUGUCGAAUCUCUUUCUAAUAAUGAAGUCAGGUUAAACCCAGUUCCAUGGAGAGCGCUGGUCAGAUCUGUCCCUCUUUGGGCCCUGAUUAUAGCCGGUAUUGGUCAUGAUUGGGGUUACUACACAAUGGUCACUGAUCUUCCUAAAUACAUGACAGAUGUAUUAAAAUUCGAUAUAAAAUCAACUGGAAUACUUUCCUCAAUGCCAUAUAUCGCGAUGUGGUUUACAUCAGUAUUUUUCGGAUUCCUCAGUGAUUUUGGUAUAAAAAGAGGCUUCUACAGUUUACAGAAUGCAAGAAAAUUAUUUACAACGAUUGCUGCCAUCGGCCCCGGUAUAUGUAUAAUUUUAGCUUCAUAUUCUGGCUGUAAUACUACCCUGGCUGUGACCUGGUUCGUAGCUGCUAUGGCCUUUAUGAGUGCAUAUUACAGUGGAAUGAAAAUCAACGUUCUAGACAUCACGCCCAACUAUGCGGGUACUACGACAGCCAUUGUGAAUGGAAUAUCCUCUAUAUCUGGUAUCGUUUCGCCAUAUCUGAUUGGACUUCUAACUCCAAAUUCUACCCUCAAACAAUGGCGAGUCGCAUUUUGGGUGUGCUUUGUGGUGCUAUUCGUAACGAAUUUCGUUUUCGUAAUCUACGGUAAGGGAAAACAAGAAUGGUGGGAUGACGUCAAGUUAAAUGGAUAUCCGGCUGGAUGGAAGCACGGACCUUUGCCAACGAGAGAAAAUGAUUCAGAAACACCACAGAAAAAACGAAAAGAAAAGCCAGAACUGUGAUAACUGACUUUGUGAUAUCCCAUAAGUACUCCAACACCACUCCGUCAUUUGGCUUUAAAAGUGAACUGUUAAUAGCUUAAGCUGAAUGAAAUUUAGAUAGAUAAUUAUUUUUCUUGGAGUAAUAGGUGGCGAUUGUGCAAUAUCUUAUUAUUUAUUUUAUUUUAUAAGACGUAAAUAAUGUUUCGUACAUUUAGGUAUAAGCUCACCAUUUUUGUAAUAAUAUUUAACAUAGGCUUGAUGCAAAUAAUAAAAUUUAAGUUAUUUUUAAGUAUAUUAAAUAAUUCACCAACGUAUAUGUCUAUACUGUAGGAAAGGUUUUAGUGAAACAUUAAAGUAGAAUCAAAAUUGGAGUUAAUGCUAUUCUGUGACGUUUUGUAACGCCUUUUUGACGAAUUAAAAAAUGCCGCUACUACUUUGUCUAAUGUUUCAUACAACAAACAAUAAUAUCAUUUCUCUUCGCCACUGUGCUAUACGCAAAAAUUCCCUUUUACGUGUUAUUAUUUCGUUGUAUCAUUGUAUUUUUAAGUGUUUAUGUAUGUGUACCUGACUUUGAAUUAACUCAAUUUGUCUUAAUAAAAUAUUUUUUU